GAUACACAGCAACAUGAUAACAGCUGGAUUCCGUUCACUCAGCUAGCUGCUCAGCUUCACCAUCUCUCUCUAGAGCUCCGAUUUCUGAUUUCCAAACCCUAGGGGGGACGAUUCAUCUAACAAAAAAGCUUAACUUUGAUUGCUAAAGCUUCUACUUCAAUCACUCAAGCAUCGCCUUUCGUUUACUACAGUAAAGUUCUUCCUUCUGGAUUUUGAUUAGCUAAUGUGGAGGUUUCUUUCAUGAACCUCUAUGCUGUCCAAGGGAUAGAAAACUAUGGAAUGUGUGAAGAAUGUUACACGUCUAAAAGGUUCUCUUUGCUGUCAAUUGUUAAUUUUCACAAUCUGGUUAUCAAAACUUCAAGAUGCAUUUACGAUGGAAAUAAGAACUGAACUAAAUCACACGCCAACGCAAUCUUCUUUGGCUAGCCCUCCCGGAGAUGGACUUUUUCAACCAAUAGAAAUAUCGCCUGCUAUUAUUCCAAGUUAUCCUUUCCCUUCUCCCGACGAAUCUUUACCUCCCAUGUAUCCGACCUUUCCAACCACUUACGAACCAGUCCUGACUGGAAAAUGUCCCGUAAAUUUCUCUGCCCUUUCAACUAUCUUGGACAAGACAGCAUCAGACUGUUCUCAACCUUUGGCUGCUUAUAUGGGAAAUGUUAUCUGUUGUCCUCAAUUCAGCAGUUUUCUUCACAUAUUCCAAGGGUUCUAUACAACUGGUUCUGAUAAAUUAGUUUUGCAAAAUGGAACUGCUUACGAUUGUUUCUCAGACAUAGUUAGUAUACUAGCCAGCAGAAGGGCAAAUAACACUAUAGCCUCCAUUUGUUCUGCUAAACCGUCUAAUCUUACUGGCGGGUCAUGCCCAGUGAAGGACAUAACCGUCUUUGAGAAAACGGUGAAUACAAGCAAAUUGUUGGAGAGCUGCAGCAGCAUUGACCACCUGAAAGAGUGUUGCAGGCCUAUCUGUCACCAGGCAGUUACAGAGGCUGCACUUCAAAUUUCAUCAGGACAGGGGCCUAACCCUAGUCGGCUAGAUGCUAUUAAUGAUUGUAAACAGGUUGUUUAUUCUUGGCUCUCAAGGAAACUCCCUUUGGAUGUCGCCAAUACUGCAUUUCGAAUAUUAUCAGCCUGUAAAGUCAACAAAGUUUGUCCUUUGGAGCUUAAGCAGCCGGUAGAUGUAACGAAAGCAUGCAGUAAUAUUGGUCCUGGUCCUUCAUGUUGUAGUGCAUUAAACAGUUAUAUAUCGGAGAUUCAGAAGCAAAUGCUGAUAACAAACAGACAAGCCAUAGGAUGUGCUACUCUGUUUGGCUCGAUGCUUCAGAAGGGUGGUGUCACGAAGAAUAUCUAUGAACUUUGUGAUGUCGAUCUCAAAGAUUUUAGUCUCCAAGCAUAUGGUCAACAAGGGUGUUUGCUUAGAAGCCUGCCUACAGAUGUUGUGUUUGACAAUAUGACGGGCUUCAGUUUCACUUGCGACUUAACUGACAACAUCGCUGCUCCAUGGCCUUCAUCCUCUUCUAUAACAUCCCUAUCUCUGUGCGCUCCAGAAAUGUCAUUGCCAGCACUACCAACAUCUGAGAUAUUGGGAAACCAUGGAUAUCGAAGCAGCAAAUGUGAAUUUAUGGCACCCAUUUUUUCAAUCAUUUUAUUAUGUACAUUUUUCGUGUGUUGAGGACGCGGGAUUCAUUGUAUUGUAAUGUAAUAUUAUUGUAUAGAUAGUUUAGAUUUAAGCUGAGUUUAGUCUUCUUGU